AUGUCGUCCUCACUCGACGAAGAGGCAACCAUUUCUAUCCCCAGCAUUGCGUUUGUUGCCGUGCUCGGAUACUUCAUCUAUCGAUACUUUUUCUCCGGUCCCAGACCUGGCACGGAUGGCGGGUCUACAUCGUCGUCGCGAAGUACAGGCUUCCGAUUCACGCCGGCGCAAGUCGACCAGAUAGCGCAGAUGUUCCCUCAGCUCAACCGGCGGGAUAUCAUGUGGGAUCUGCAUCGGAACCGUGGCAGCGUGCAAGCCACGACGGAGAGAGUGCUGAUGGGACGGGGCUUGGAUUCGGCGCCUCCCUCUUUCCAGCCGCCCAUUUCAUUCAUGACCACAUCGUCCGAACAGCCGAUCUCUCGUCCUUCUACGACAUCAGCCGCCAAAGCGGCAGCACCUCCCGACUUGAUCACCCGCUACAACCUGCAGUCCAAGGUGAACUCGAAAGGCAAGGAGAGAGAAGAAGAGUCACCGCCACCCGGGUGGACGAGUAGCAAAGAUGCGCGGCAGAAAAUGCUGCAGCGACGGAGGGAGGAAAUGAUCUUGGCCGCCAGGAGGAAGCUCCAGGAGAAAGAUGCGGCUGGUGGUGAUGCGACUUCUUCAACGUAA